AACCUGAAGAGGAUCCAACAAGAACAAUCUCUAAUGGCGGUUUUUCAAAGGUUUAACAAUUUUUUUCCAAAUCCGAAAAAAUCUCUUAACAAAAAAACUCCUUAAUCUUCGUCAUCUUUUUGUCUCUUUUUAAAAAAUAAUUAAACCCCACUUGAUGAUUAUCCCAUUAAUCAUUUAAAGGUUUUUUUUUUUCUUUUUGUUCAACGAAUCUCUAUCUCUCUCUAGAUUUUGGGGAUUUUGCUCUCUCUCCCUCUCUGUCUCUCUUUGGUGCUCGUAGCUUUCUGUCUCCCAAUUGAGAGAAGGAGGGAGAUAGAAACGUCGAUGGGCUUAAUUGUGGAUGAUGAUAACGAUGGAGAAGUUUUGAUUCCGCCGCCGAAUUUUUCAAUGGUAGAAGAUGAAAUUUACCGAUCUGGGUUUCCUGAGCUGGAGAAUUUCGGAUUCUUAUCAACCCUAAAUCUUCGAUCCAUCAUUUAUCUGUGUCCUGAGCCAUACCCUGAGGACAAUCUCAAGUCUCUUGCAUCCAACAACAUUAAGCUUUUCCAGUUCGGGAUUGAAGGCAAAACGGAUCCUCCAACUCCUAUGCCAAAGGAUACAGUGUUGAGUGCUCUUAGAGUACUAGUUGAUGUUCGAAAUCAUCCAAUUCUUAUCCACUGUAAGCGCGGAAAGCAUAGGACAGGUUGUCUUGUGGGAUGCUUGAGGAAAGUGCAGAACUGGUGCUUGUCAUCGGUUCUCGAGGAAUACCAGAAGUGUGCGGGUUUGAAAUGGAGACAAAGAGAUUUAAGGUUCAUUGAGGAUUUCGAUGUGCUCAGAUUGAAGCAAUGUCUAUACAGCAUCAUAUAUCAGUACAAUGGGUAUGGUCUCAAGAGAAGAAAGUUGCUGUAUCAAGAAGAGAAUGUUGUUCAAGAACAGCAAAAACCUCAAGCCACCAAAGGAUAAAGAAAGAGAUUUGAAAUCGGAUUUUUUUUUGUUUCUUUACAUUUUGUCGUGAUGAUGAUGAUGAUUUUUUUGAGAAUAGGAUAGUUCUUUAAAAAGCUUGAGAAAACAGAGGAUUUGAUUUGGUCUCUCUCUAUCUUUUUUUUACGGUUAGAGAAAUUUACAGAUUGAUUCUUAAUUGUUCAUAAGAAACUAACAUGUGUGAUGUGAGCUUUUGUUUUCCUAUUUAUGAUUGAGUAAAGGCAAUUGAAUUCAAUUCUUUUCUUCU